UCACAGAAAACGAUUGAAGUAUAUUUUGUGAAAGCUUCGUAUUCGUAGAUUCGUACCAUAUUUUUCAAUUAGUCGACGACAAACCAUCAUGGCGAUGGGUUUUACUUGCGUCUUUCAUUUACAAAUGAAAAAUUCAUUGUGAUGGUCUGAGCAGAGCUUUUCUUGUAAUUAUUUUCAACAUUCACAGGGUCCUAAUAUAUUAUUUUGUUUCUGUUAUUUUUAUAUAAAUUAGAAAUUUCAUUAUGGUAAAAUUAACAGAGGAGAUGGUUGUAGCUCGGACACGAGUGUCCGAUUUCUCUGCCGUUAAGAAACUUAAUUGUUGGGGUACAGAACUUACUGAUGUGAGCAUUUUACGAAAAAUGAAAAAUGUGGAAGUGCUGUCCUUAAGUGUGAACAAUAUUAAUACUCUUGCUGAUUUCCAAUAUUGCCUAAGUCUCCAAGAUUUGUUUGUAAGGAAGAAUAACAUUAAAGACUUAAAUGAAGUAUGUUACCUCCAAGGUCUACCUAAUCUACGAAAUUUAUGGCUCGGAGAAAAUCCUUGUGCUGAAAAAGAAGGGUAUCGGUUUGCAGUUCUUAGAGCUUUGCCAAAUUUACAAAAGCUUGAUGAUAAAGUAGUUUCAGCAGAAGAAGUACAAGUAGCUGUAACCCGAGGUCAUAUUCUAGUUCAUCCCCUGGAUAUUGACGCAUCUCCACCUCAGUCAGAAGCAGUGAGUCCAGAGGAUAUUGUCACUGAAUAUAUAGAAGAAACAGAAGCGAUAAGACAUCGAAGAUAUAGUUCAUCAAGUGAUCAGAGAAGCUAUGAGGAAACACAGCAUACUCAAGAAGAAUAUCAUGAUUCAGAUCGUAGAAAUGCAAACUAUAAUGCAUCACAAUCUCAUCGCUAUCCACAAAAUAAUCAAUACACAUAUGAACUACAGAAUGGACAGUCAAAGAAUCACAACAAAGAUGACACUGUAUGUACAGAGUCACGCAACGUCAGUGAAAGUGUGACCACUAACACUGUUGAAAUAAUUAAGGAAUAUGAUGAACGACCAGCAGUUUCAAGACACAAUGGUGAAUAUGACGAAAGAAGAACUUGUACAGAAUAUAGUAGUAAUGAAAUUCCUCAACGAACGUAUGCGCCAACGUCUCUACGUACACAAUACUCUUCGACUGAGCCUAUGGACGAUAGACGUUCAGAUAGAAAUAGUUACGAAUUCGAUAAUACACACAAAUCGGAGUACGAAGAACACCACGAGCAGAGGAUAAAUACGGAAUAUGAAGAACAUCAAGCACCACUUCAGCCUAGAAAAACAGUCCACCAAAACGUUGAAAGGGAAGAUUCUAAUCAAAUGCCUGGAUGGGUGAGACAUUCUGAUAAAGAAAAAUGUAGAUCUCAAUUCUAUUAUCACAGAAGACCUGUUACAAGGAAUUCAAAUAUAUUAUCAGCUGUACUUUGCUUAGUUAAAGAACUUGAUUACCCAAGUUUGGAAGUGGUAGAGAUGGCUGUUAGGAAUCGAAUGGAUGAAUUGGAGGAAUGAUGUUUCUGACACCGUCCCCAAAAUGCUCAGGGGACGGUGGUCUUUUCUCAAAUGGGCAGCGUAUCUUCAAUUCCAAGUCCAGAAUUCUCAGACUCUCUCGACUCUACAAUAAUUCCUUGUCAAUGCGUUGAAAAUGAUGCAAAUUGUAAUCUUAAUCAUCACACGUGUGAUAGACAUUCGACUGAUGAUACCACUGAAAAACGUCCAAUUCGUCGAAAUGGAUGCAUGGACGCUGGCUCAACGCGAAAUCCAAAAAAUGUAUCGAUAGACCCAAGCCCGAGGUAUUUCGGAAAUAAUCAGUACGCGUCUAAACUUAGGGACUCGGUACCGGACAAUUUGAUGUCAGUAGUCAGUAACUGCGAAGAAAGGAAAACGAACGAUGUUAGAAGAGUGGCAAGUAGUGAUAGCAUUCCCCGAGGUGGUUAUACUGGUUUAACUUUGAGCCCAGGAUGCAGAGUUUUAAGUCAAGAUUGUGUAAGAAGGUCGAAAAGCCCUGACGUUAGAAACACGAUUGUCCCUCUACGAUAUAUUCAAUCGGCAAAAGGUACUUGGACAUAUAACUUAUAAGUUAAACUGUAAAUUAUGAUAAUAUACUUUCUUAAAAUGA